UACGUGAGUUUGUUUUGUGUUUUGCAUAUAGUGAGUGUGGGUGCUGGCACGUGAAACGAGAAAUAUGACAACUGCUAUGAAUGCGAUGAAGAAAAAAGUAACACAAAAUGAUCUUAGAAGAAUAAUGAGUGAACAGAAGCAGAAGCUUCUACAGUCUGUAAAAAAAAUUGAUUCACCUCUUGCAAAGUAUACCGAUUCAGGUCAUCUUACGUGCAUCCUGUGUGAUUCGGUGGUGCGCAGUGAGGCAGUGUGGACUGUGCACAUCAACAGCAAGCAGCACCGUGAAAAUGUUGCACAGGUUAAGAAGAAACGAGAAGCAGAGCGCGAGCGAGAGCGUAUUGCGGAACUUGCCCGUGUGCAAGUCAAGAGGCGGCCACCCACACCACCACCACAGCCAGCUAAGAAGCUGAAAAGUAUCUUGAAGAAUGCCAGUGAAAGUCCACCAAUAGUAGUCAACAGCAUUCCACCUGACUUUUUUGAUGGAUCAGCGCAGAUGAAAACUGCCCCUCCCGCAACACUGCCUGAGAAAAAGACCGUACAGUCGAGGGUUCUGUUGGUUCGAGGUGUGCCGUCGGAUGACGAUGAGGAGGAUGAGGUAGAAAAUGAUGGUGAUGAGGCUGUGUUGAAGGCUAAGGAAGAGGAAGCCGAGACAGAUGCGAAGGAUGAGAAGACUGCAAAAAAUAGCAAAGUGGCUGCAGAAGAUGCCUUACCUGAAGGAUUUUUUGAUGACCCUCUGUUGGAUGCUAAGGCCCGAAAUGUGGAGUAUAAAGACCCAGUGGAGGAGGAGUGGGAGAGGUUCCAGCGAGAGAUUAAGGCGACGGAGAACAUGUCUGCUGCCAUUAUAGCAGAGGACCAGGAGGCAGCGACUGCAGAGAGGCAGAUAGAUGAGAUAGACGAGCAGAUACGCAACUGGUCCAGGGUUUUGGACCUCGAAAGGAAGAAGGAGCUAGUGGCGCAACAGUCGAACACUUCUGGGAAGGGCGGAGGAGGAGCCAGCGAUGAAGAGUCGCCCAACAGUUCGGACGAGCUCGACCCUGACAGUUUUGACGAGUACCUGGACUGGCGAGCGAAAAAGUCCUUCAAGUGAGAAGGCGGAUUGCAGUUUUGGAUGCCAUUGCCAGGUUACAGUGGAAGUGCAUAACUGCUGUUGUUCCAACAACCACAUCUCAGAUCAUUUUUUGAAAAAUAAUGGGAGAAUCGAGCAGUGUUCUUGUGGGUCUGCAACUGGACCUUGUAAUGUGUCCUUAUCUGAUGCCUCAGAGAAGGUGAAGCUGGUGACCUGCGUGCAAUUUUGCCCCGAACUGUUAUGCAAAAUGCAGUCGGAUACUUCCAACACAGUGUUUGGAUGAUUCUUCAGAUCGUUGGUUGCUACCAAAAGGUACUUUGGUGCAUUGUGGGUCAAUUGUGAUGGCAAUAUGAGGUUCUUAGUUUCUCCUAUCAACACUUUCAUAGUUGAACUUUUGAUAUUUACAGUACUACACAUUUUAGGCUAUGAUAAUCACUGCCAACAUUGUAUCGUAUCAGAAACAUGUGUUCGCAAACUUAGUGUACAUGAUUCUGUCCUAUAAUUUAGGCAGUUGAGGUUCACCAAAGCUUUCUUUAUGCAUAUUGGUUUGUUUCUAUCAGUGCAGAGUGAGUGGUCUCAGUUAAUUAAUGUUGAAUUAAAUAUAGAGUGCAGUGAGAACAGAAAAUCAAUUGUACACUUUAUAUUUGGAUGGAAGGAGUGUAUUGUGUAGUAGCAGAUGGCUACAAAUAUCACUCAUACAAGAGCUUACGUUUGACUAUAAUACAUUAUUUUAUUUAACAUAUGACUAGAAUGUUUUGAAAUUGUAUAGAUGGGGUGCUUCGUAUGUUGCUAGAAGUUGAAUGUUGUGAAUACUAGGAAGAUUUUUUUUAGCAUGUUAAUAUCUCUUGUCUGUAUGUGGAAGGGUUCCUACCAACAUGAAUAAGCAUAUAGCCAAGAGAAGUUGUUUUGUGGACAACUGACUAUAAGAACAAUGUACCAGUUAUCGUGGAGCAAUGUUCAGGAAUUGCGAAGACUAAUAAUGUAUAAAAGACAAUGAGUUUAUCUCCUGUGGAGAAUAUUGUUUCUAGACAAGCAACAGAAUUUGCAAAAUAUUUUUUGUGUAACCAGUUCUAUGUUUACAAUGAAGAUGUGAAAUAUCUGUUGAACACUGCUGCAGUCGUAAACAUAAUAAAUAUGACUGUUACUGUGCAACAUAGGUUGUAUACCAGUUAUUUUGAGACAUAACAAGGGAAAAAACCUAACAUUAACAGUAAGUUGCAAAUUUAACUGCCUGCUUUGAACUUGAAAGAUUGUGAGAGCUGUAUAAAAUUUAUGUAAAAAAUUUAU